AUGAUCAUACGAUCAAAUCGUUUAGCUACUAAGAAAAACAAUGUAAAUUUUAAAAUACCUAGCUUUACAACCACUCACUAUAAAGAUACAAUUGUAAUUACUGCUAUACGUUUGUGGCAAGAACUUCCGUCUGAUAUUGUAAAUGCGUCCAGUCUUGAGGUUUUCAAGAAUAAAAUUUUUGACUAUUUGUUUAACCUUGAUGUAUAA